AUUACAUUGACACUUGAGUAAUAAUUAUUCUGUUCUCUUGCAGGUGCCCCAGUGCUGUUCAUCAUCCCUUGGGUAGUCAUGAAAUAUAUGUAUGAAAAUAAAGCGUAAGUACCUGUAUGUAUGUUUGUAUAGGUAAUACGGUUAUCUGCCUAUUUUGCAAGGCAAAGUCCAUAAGGAAAUCUAGGAAGCUGGAGAGGUGCCUACUGAACAGGGCAAUUAAUGAGCCUGGCUCUGCCAAAACCACCAUCAACAGAGGAUGACAUUGUGUUGGGCCACUGUUUGAUGCUCUGUAAAAUCAUGCACUUUAAUAAGAAUACUGCUCAUGUUUAAUUGUAAUAAAAAAUGAAUAGAAUACAUCUUGAUAAAAGUUGCCUCCUACUGAAUAAAAAGAACCCUCGCAAAUCAGCUUAUUCCAGUGGGUUCAGAAAAUUCACUCACAUCUCUACCCUGAACCCCUGUAACACAGCCACUGGGUACUGUGCCAGAAGAGGGUACAGUCAGCGCUUGGGAGGUAUUGCAGGAUAUGUAUAUUGAAUGUUAACAGAAGAUAGAUGUACCCGUUAUCUUUAUUAAAAUGUAAAGAUAAUCAAAAAAAUGCACAUUUAUAGUUUCAUUUAGAUACAAACUAAUGAUAAAUGACAUUCUCAGAAUGUGGGUUUAUUUGCUAUAAAAAUUUAAAAGAUGACUGAUAAUAAGGUGAAAGACAGUCAUGUCAUUGUCGACCAUAUACACCACAUCCUGUAAUAAAGAGAAAAGACUUGUAUAUCUGAGACCAUUGUUCACAUGGAUAGCAAAUUCUAUGUGUGUGGGGGGAAUCAGAUCACUUAGAUAAUCUAUCAUAAUAUAAUUUCCUCCACCUGUUUGUCUCUGUUCAAUCAGAGCAACAUGCAAACGCAAGGUUUUCACAUUAAAAAGUGGUCAGUUUAAAAAUACACAGGAAUGAAAUGUUUGUAUAUAAAGUUGUUUAAAUUUGCAUUUCUGCAUUCAUAUCCCCCAAUCGUCACAAACCUUCCAUAUCUUAGUAGGGCUAAUCAACCGCAAGACGCAAAUAGCACAGCUCGCUGCUAGCAUGGCUUCCGCCGCAAACUAUAAUGUUUAGAGGUUAGCAGCAGAAUACACACUAAAAGAAUAUUAUCCUUCAAAAAUGAAAAGAAAACAUGCAAUAAAGAGCUCAAAUCUUUCAAAGAAUGCUGCUUUUAGGUCCUCCUUGGGGAAAUAACUGGCAUGGAAUUAAGAUAUUACCUAAUUUUUCACUUUCGGAAUGAUCCCCAGCCAAUAAAACUCUCCUACUUUUGGUACUUUUCGGAAACCAUCCAAUCCUAAGAGAAGAGGGAGUUCUGUCUUUUUGAAUGGUGCCAGCCCCAGAGAUGGGGGCAGCAGCACUACGCUUGAUGGUGGAAGUAACAUUAAUUUGAAAUUUAGUUUUUGCAGCAUUAAUAUAUUUGUAAUUAAUUUACAUUGGCAUCAAGGGUUUAUUGAUAAACAUAAAGUAACCUAUGUAUUCAUUCUAGUGUUUGCUGAUACUUUCAAAGGAGAGUUGAAGUUAGCUUAGAAAUGUUUAGCCUCUGGCAAUCCAGCUGCCGUGGAUUACAGCUCCCAUGAUGCCCAGCAGGCGUUCAUUAAGUGAUCCCCAGCAGUUAGAGUGCCAAAGGUUACAAGAGUAGUGAUGGCCAAAAGCUAGACCCCCAUCUCCCACAAUGCUUUGCAAGUCUUGAGGCUGGCAUAACAGGUGGUAUAGUUCUACAACAGUUGAGCCAUCCCUAUAAUUCAAUGACUGCUAGAAUUCCGAGGGUGUGUGAGUUAGUUAGCCUUGGGGGAUUGUCUUAUCUGUAGGUAAUUAGACAACACUUCUUAAUUUAAAGCUAUUGCUCCGUAUCACGAUUUCUGGAGUCAAGGGAUGGGGUAUGACUAGGAAUUAGCUAUAAAAUAACAUUAGCAAAACAUACAGCAGGUGGAUAAUCACACUAGUCCACUCACAUGGAAUCACAUCUGUUUAUCUAGACGCUGUUCCUGAUAAGACUCAUUAGCUGCUGUCAGAGAGACAAUCCAAUUUCCGGAAACCCUGGAGAGGAGCCAGCCAGCAAACGGCUUCAUAACACAUCAGUGAAUGCACGAAGAGGGGUUACAAGUAUCCCUCUGAGUGGCAAAGGGUUUAGUAGAUGUGGCCAUUUGGAGUAUUUUAACAUUGCUUGAAAUGCAGGAAGGGCAACACUUUACAAACAGACUGUAAAAGAUAGUGUGUAUCGCUAAUACAGGGAAGACCUGUCAUUGUAGUUGCUGUGAGUGUGUUUUGCCUGGGGCUGUUUUGCUUAACCAUGUUUUUCUGUUUUGAGCAAAACACCCAAUUUGCUGUUGUUUUACUUACUUAUCCCCAGAUCUAAAAGAGUAAUCCAUAGCUAGACCCCUUGCAGGUUGUGUCACACAUACAUGACCGACAAAGCCUGUCCAGACUGUAAUGAGAAGCAAGGUUUGAAAUAUAUAUAUUGUGCAGAGAGAACUUCCCUGGCUUUUCUCUUGCAUACUGCCUGUGGUGAGAUCAGUUUGAUCCUUGCUUGCGGUUUUCUGAAUAGGAUGUACCACAGGGUAAGCUAUUAAAGGGCACCCUAAUGCCCAAAUAAAAAAAUAAUAAUAAUCACUAUUUAUAUCCCCAAUGAAAACAUGCAUGCGUAUAUACAUUUUAAAAAAUAUAUAUUUUAUUUUGCAAAAGCAGCAGAACUCUUGUCUGCUGACUUUGCAAGCCCUCCCCUUCUAACCCCGCCCAGACUUUCUGUGGCUGUCCAAUCACAGACUUCCCAAUGCAGCUCAAUGAGAAGUCUUUGCAAGGCAGGUGCUCUGGAUAAUUGCCUGACUCUUGAAUUUAGAUUCACUGAGCUAACCAAACCAGGAAGUAACAGUACUAAUUGUCUGAUUGACACCCCCCUCACACACACUACACCCCCCUCACACACACUACACCCCCUCACAUACACACUGCACCCCCUCACACACACACUGCACCCCCUCACACACACUGCACCUCUCACACACUACACCCCUCACACACACACAGCCCUCUCACACCCACACACUACACCCCUCUCACACCCACACGCACUACACACACACACACAUUGCUAGUAACAACAUCAUCAAUACCAGCUAACAUCAUACCAAAGAGAAGCAGUUCCAACCAUCACAUUAGAAAUUAGUUAAUUAAAUGUUUGAUCAAUACAGCAGGCUAAUUUGAUAAUUUUGUAUGGCCCGCGAAUGAUGUUUUAAAUAUCCAAAUGGCCCUUGGCAGAUAAAAGGUUCCCCACCCCUUCUUUAGCGCAUGUUUCCCAUCUCUACGUGGCUGUCAAUGACUUAUUUAGUAGUCAGACUAGGUUUAAAGUUACAGCCAUGGCAGUCUUUGGAAAAAACACACGUAGCCCUUUAGGUAAAUUAAAUAUUUAACAUUGCAUUUUCCAUUUAGGGAGUCCCAGUGUUGACAUUACAAAUGGAUACAAUGAAAGAAACCCCAAAAAGUUCAUUUGUUAGUGCUUAAAGUAUUAAUGAUCAAUAAUAACAAUUUUUAGGUGAUCGGUUUCCUUCAAUGAGAUCGUUCUAUUAACAGAUAACACAAAGGCACUGUGUGGUUUGACAAGCUGCUGCUUGCAAAGCACAGAUGGGUAAUCUUGGCACCACACACGUGUGAGCUUCAGUUCAUCCUAAACCUUAUGGGAAAUAUAGUUCACUCAAAGUUAGCCGUCUCCGUUCUAUAAUGUUUCAAUGUGACGUGCACACUCAAAAAAAACAAAAACAGAGUAUGCAAUCUUGUAAUUAGACAAUGUUAAUGACGAUAACAUAGAAUUUAAACCUUAAUUGGCUGCCUUGUACCUUAGUGACAUUAUCAGAUCGUUUGCAUAUGUGGAUGCUCAAUUGAUAUCAAUAGUGGGGAGAGAAAGCAUUACAAUUAAAUAUAAAUCUGUCAUCCUCUUUCCUAUACGAUGAUUUCAAAGCUCUUCAGACAGUUAGGUGAUUUUCUGUUAUGUAAUGACAUGUUUAGCUUACUGGGUGCCUUUUUGUUUGACCCUUCUUCAGGUGUUGGACCCAGAACGAUAACAUGGCGUACUGGUGGAUCCUGAGAUCUCCUGUCUUUGUUACUAUUCUGGUAUGUUGUAAGUAAAUCGUGUAUGGAAGUGAUGUUUUGAGCUCCAGCCAUUUGUGAAAUUCACUCCCAUGAAGGCAGUGUGAAACGCGUUGGGUGCUUCAUGUUUGUUCAUGGAAUUUCACAUUGUCACAACGUUAUGGCCUUGAAAUACCUAAAUUACUUAAUUUUAGCAUAAAGGUAUUGAUUUAUGCUUUCCGUCAUUUUAAAUUUUUUAUUUAAUUUUUUUUUUUCUAGAUCAACUUUGUAAUUUUUGUUCGGAUUAUCCAGAUUCUGGUGUCCAAGAUGCGAGCUCAUCAGAUGAGGUAUACAGACUAUAAAUUCAGGUGAGAGACUUGCAAAACCUGAAGAAAUUGUAUUUUUACAGGCAUUCUUCAGUGGUACUGGGUGGUGGGCAGUGCAUACUGUGCAGCAACUGUUGAGUAGAGGUGGGUGUAGACAGAUGCUUGUCUUAUUCCAUCUCUCCAGAUUGGCUAGAUCCACGUUGACUCUUAUUCCACUGCUGGGUAUCAACGAACUGGUGUUUGCCUUUGCCACAGAUGAAAACGUAAAGGGUACACUUCGCAUGGUCAAAUUAUUCUUCGACCUCUUUCUUAGUUCCUUCCAGGUGAGUCACUCUUAUCAUGUCUUCCUAUUCGAAUCCCACCCCUAAUUCGUCUACUGAACCCAUUAGUGUCUGUCUGUGGUCAGUUAAUAUUUCUGAUGGUUUUCAUCUUCUGUAGGGCAUGCUGGUGGCAGUGCUGUACUGUUUUGUGAACAAGGAGGUACGUUUAAUGUAUUACAGUCAGUAUUAUCUAUAUUUUCUUCACAGGGAUAUCUAGAGGUCUAUAAAGACAAUAUAACCUAGCAAUGGGUAGUGCAAGGGAGGGGGGAGGCAGAGGGAGCUAUAGUGCCAGGAAUACAGCUUUUACCAAAAUAGCCAAACUGGAAAAAUGCUUCCAGCAUAGCCAUUUGGACCUUAAAUUUGCAAUUCACGGGUGAAUUCAACAUAGUUACAUAGUUACAUAGCUGAAAAGAGACUUGCGUCCAUCAAGUUCAGCCUUCCUCACAAAUGUUGUUGCUGUUGAUCCAAAAGAAGAAGGCAAAAAACCUGGUCUGAAGCGCUUCCAAUUUUGCCACAAACUAGGAAAAAAUUCCUUCUUGACCCCAAAAUAGCAGUCAGAUGUCUCCCCACUAUUACCCCACUAAUUAUAAAUUAUAUCCCUGUAUGUUAUGUUUUUGUAUGGGCCAGUUUGACAUUAUAAUUACCUUCAGAAAAAGCACAAGUGUAUGACACAUGCUACUGAACACCCAGCAUCCUCUGGUACAAUAAAAUUGUGAUUUAUAUUUUACAUUACAGCUGUUUUUCACAAUUGUGCCAGAGCCGACAUUUUCCCAACUUUCUUCAAGUCGUGAUCUUUUCCCCUCUAGUGCCUGGAGUUCAGCCACUUCCUUGGCCUCUUGCAGGAGUUGGGCUUCUGCAUUAGCAAUACUAUUUUUUUGUCCAAACUUGGAAGGCAUUCAUUGGUUUAGCAUAUCAGCUGAAUGCCGUUAAAAUUUGGACUCAAUAGCAAAGUGUAACUUUUACAAGAUAUCAAGCGAGAUAUCAAACAGGUCCAGUACAGCACUCAGUCUGUGCUGUACUGGACUUGUGCGAAGCCGAAUGGGAAUUAUGAGAGUCUGCAGUGGUUAUAGUGUCUAGUGUGCCCCUUAAACUUUGGUUUGUAUGACGGGGGUGAAACUGCUCCGUAUUGUUUCCCACAUAUUAUCAGGGGCUGGAGGGGAAGAAUUUCUCCUGCCGCUUGAUCUGCUCCCAAGGAUAAAGCCUUCUUUCUUCUAUAAACAAAUAAUCACAGUAGCAGCGAAGUGAGAGCACAACACUCACGCUCCUCUAAAAAGAAAAGCUUUUGUUUGGAGUACGUGCGAUUUUAGAUGUGCACAAGCCGGAUUUCAUUUUUAGGUGUCAGUGCUACUUUAACUCCUGUCACAGGCGACAUAUGCCAUAACUCUGAACUGUCACUUGUGCACAGAGUCCGCUUCCUGCUCAGAACAUCUGCAUCAUUAUUUAUGGAGGAAUAUAUAACAUUUUCCUCUAUUUGAAAACUCAAGCCAAGUUCUAAUGGAAAUGGUGAGGGGUACAGUGUCUAAACCAGAGAUGGAGUUUGUCUAGAAUCACAGGGGUCCAGAUCUCAACAAGACACUAGGGAGGGACAGAGUGACUCUGGAGUAAAUGGAGAGAAUCUGGGGGAAAGUCUCCAAUUGAGAUUAAAAGAAGAAUGCCUAGAAUGUGUGUUCCGUUUUCUUUCAGACUCUACUCCAGUAUCUGUUUAGAGGGGACAUAAGCAGGAGGGCAGUUGAUGCUUUAGAGGCUAGAGGUAUAAGGGAGAACGGUGGGAUAGAAUCUUAGAGGGAGAUAAGUGGAGAAAUGCUGAGUAGUGAGGCAAUGUCUUGGCUCUUAAGUGUUAAGAGAAUAUGGGUCAACAUCUCAAUGCCAGGAGGGUGGAAGAAUAGAAGAGGAGAGCAUCUGAGUAGGUUGUGGUUGAGUUGAUAAACUUUCUGAGCAGGAGGUUGUAGGAAGUAAAACGGGGCAAUGUUAGUUUGGGCAAAGAAAGUAGAAAAUGAAUAGCAGUGCCCAGGCAAUAGUGUUGUCUGUAUAUAUUAUGUCUGGCAAUGAUUUGAUUCCUUGACGUUUCCCAGGCAGCAUAUUAUGUUAGACAGGGCUCUCUCUUAAUUCCUUCCUCAAAGAUCUGUUUGUUCUAUUCUGAUCCAGGUUCAAUCAGAGCUCCUAAAGAAAUGGAAGCGUUGGAAGCUUGGGAAAGACAUUGAAGACGAAUAUAAGCAUACAAACAGCCAAACACCCCGCCCUGGCAUGGGCAGCGUGUGUGAAAAAUACAAACUUGUUGGCACUUGUACGAACGGUACAGGCAAAUCCAAGCACAGUUCCAGCCAGCGGGACCACGAGAAGAUAAGCAGCAUCACCGAGAACAUCACACUGAGUGACAGGCGAUUCAGCUAUGACGAUCCGGACAGUGCGGAAAAUGUUCUGUGAGCCGAGGGAGAGAGGAGAGCCGAGCGCUGUUUAUGUCAGUGAACGAGUCCUGCAUUACACAAUAUGGGGAAAAAUAUCAAAUGGAAUAGCCAAAAUGUCCGAUUCCUAAUGUCCAAGAAGCCAGGAUGCACUGUCAUUCCAAUAUGGAAAUUCCUGAGAAAGUGUGGAAAAUGACUGUUUAUCUUUUCAUUAAUUUUCCAUGGCAUCUUGUUACCACAUUAUUAUUCAAGAAUUAUUCAAAUAAAUCUGGAAUUGUUAUUUAUAAGUAAAACGAACACAGAAAAUGUAAAUGUUUGAUAAACAUCUUCCCUUGGCUGCAGAUAACAAAGCAAUGGAUUCAAAAUAGCUAGUAUUUUUUUUUCUGGCCAAUUCCAAUACAGGGACAACGUCUGGGUUUUACUACCAAACUUUCCACCCAUUUUCCAGACUCCGUGAACCUGCAACGCCUGCUGUGGACACACUCCUGCUCUAUCUUUGGUAACUGACUGGCAUUGAUAUCACAUCAGCUUUUUAUCUGUUGGGCACAGUCUUGGAUAAACUCCUAUCCCUUUGAUGAACUUCUUAAAUCAUGUUCCUUUCACCACCCAUCACUGAGUCGCUGCCAGGGGCCAUUUUCCUUAGCUUAGAGAAGAGAUAAUAAGCUGUAAGCAAAGUGCGGAGAUACAUAGAUUAAAAUAAACGUUUGCUUUCGUUCUAUGACCUUCAAGGGUUGACAAACUAUGAUAAGCUAUCUAUUGUUCGACUGCUAUUUCAUUAUUGCUCAGAGGAUUCAGGGAAUUAAAACGAAUGAUGAACGUUUGGAGAGCCUCCAGAAGCAAUUGAAUCUCUUCUCCGAUUUAAUUGGAGAAGACACGCAUUACAACCAGCCACCUGCAAUGAACUCUGUGCCCUGUGCCCCCCGCAAGUUAUAUGAUGGUAUGUGCUCCAGCACCCCUCUGAUUCUAUGGCACACAAAGAACAGGCUGUGAUCUCUAGGUCAUUGGCCAUUGUCAAUGUUUAAUGAAUAGUUUGUACUGACUAUAUAUUUACCUGCUCCGGUAUCCUAAGCAGAUCUAAACUACCUCUCUAGUUUUUCUGUCAGGCACAUAAUUUAAACCAAAUUACCCUAUCAUGGUACCUAUUUAUGUUUUUAUACACUUAGCCUAUUAUCUAGAAGUCGUGUUAGGUAGGGCUCUAUAAAAAGCUGACUUUGAUAUUUUUCCUAAUCUGAGAAGUCCGGUCUGAUGUUGCAGAUUUCAACAUUUUGCAAUAUUUUCCAAAAUAAUUGUCUUUUCUUUCUUAUGGAUGGUAGAGGGGAACAUUUCUUAUCCUGUAUCCCCAUCCCUUCCCUAACCCACUAGUUGAUCUUUGUUCCUUAAACAGAACCGUCUUGGAUACAAUGUUCCUCUUUACCCCGAUUCCCACUGUUUCUGUGAAUAUUCUGUCGCUUCUCCUGACCUUAUGUCCGCUCUUUCCCCCUCCUCUCCGCGCAUGGUCCCCCUCCAGGUUUUCUUAGAAUCUCUCGGCUUUUUCCAUCAGUCCCAUGAUUCUGUAUCUGGCUCUGCUCAGAUGUAUCACCCCCUCCCUUCCUUUUAUCUCCUAAAUGUAAAUUCUGUCACCACGCAAGCAGCUUCUGGAAAGACCUUUUUGACUGGUGUCCAAACUAACAGCAGAUUCUCCCAAUUCCUCCCCACCCCCCUUUACUGACCGUGACCCUCUUCUGCCUUGUUUUCAGGCUUUAACACAUAAGCCUGUUUAACAUGUUAACUGCCUGCAGGAUGUUGUACACCCAUGCAUCAACUUAAACUCUGACCACAUCAUCGCCACAUUUCCAACCGCCAAAGAGGAACGGACACCUUAGGGAUAAGAGCAUUUUAUUUGUUUUUAAUUAGCAACCAUAAGCAACGAUUAGUUGUGUGGCUGCAUAAUACAUGGUUUAAAAUUUCAUAUGGCAAAACUAAAUUCUGACAUCACAGUCGUCUCCUGAAAAAUGUCAUGCAAAUUAACGGAACAUUCCAGGACUAAGUAUAAAUAUUUCUACUCUUGGUGUGUACAUUAAUUUACAUCAUGAGUCCCCCUUCCCCUAUUAAGAUUGUGAGCCUGAUGUAACCCAUCAUUUGUGAUGAUCUUGGUGCAAGUCUAGGUUUCUCAUAUCAUUGGAUAUAUUCAGCACCGAACAUGACGACGAUCAGUUUUUGAGGAAGAGGCUCCAGUGGUUGACACAAUGACAGCCACUAGAGGCACAUUCUCAAAUCUCAACAUUGACAUUUCUCUGAAACUGCUAAAUUUUUCACUACUUUAAGAUAUGCUGGUUUUGGUGCUAAGAGUGUCCCUUUAAUUAACUUUUCGCAUGGGUUUUUUCUUUGGGGGCAGUAUAAUCGGGUUGCGUUGUAAAACCUAGCAAGAUUGCCAGCACUGCCCUUAUUGCCCAGCGUUCCUGGCUGUUGAGCUCACAAGCGCAGUUUCUGCCGAAAUAAAACAUGAACCAAUGCUACACUGAAAACCUUUUAUAUAGGUCACAAGGCGAUAACCUUUUUAACCAUUUUUGGUGAAGCAGAGACCAUUAUCAAUAAUCUAUUAUCAAUAAUCUAUUUAUAUGGUUCUGCUACAUUCCAAAGCUCUGGAUACCUUCAGCAAAAGGUAUGAAAACAAUAUCAGGCUUGACAGACAAACUGAUCCAUUAAUAUUACGGAGUCCAGUCCGCAAGUCACAUAAGUCAUGAUCAGAAUUGAAUGCUCACCUUAAAUUUGCUUUGUAUUUUUACAUUCCCCCCGAUACUGCAAAGGAACCAAACCUGACCAUUAUUAGACACGUGCAUUUUUUUUGUUCCGAAUUUGAAAACAUAAUUGAAUACGAAAUUCAUUAUUUCAAACCCAUUGGAUUUGGUAAAGAGAGCAAAUAAGGGCUUUUCUUUAGAAUUCCUAAUAAUCUUUCAUCUGUUUAGCAGAUAACUCCCUUAUUUGGUAAUUAGUAUCCUUAUGGCAAUCCUACUUAAGGAUAGGGAAUCAGAGAGUCUAGUAAACAGCUGAAAGAUCAAAAUUAAGAACAGGACUUUUCUUAAUUUUGAUAGUUUAGCAAAUAACUCUCUAAAUUGGUACAUUGUGACUGCCACCUUCAUUGUUUCAACAAAACAUUUUUUCACCCGUACACAUCCCUAACUAUUACCCUGAGCUCAGGUUGGGCAUCAGAUAGAAUGUAGUUAAAUAUCUAGGGUGCAGGGUUCAAUGCCAUUACAAAAUUAAAUAAACCUUAAGGAGACAGGGUGUCUGCUGAAUUAAUGGGACACUUUAUACACCACAGCUUGGUGCAUUACUACAGCUCAGGGUAUUACUACAGCCCCAUGUAGUGGUUAUGUCUGUGUGCACUGUUUCAUAAUUCUUUUUCCAACAUGUUGAGAUUGGUUUCACAAGAAUUGAGACCUUCCUUAGCUGCAAUGAUAAUACAGAAUGUACAAUUCUUCAUUUUCGGUGUCUAUUCUGUCCAAACUGGAUGGCAGUGAAAGGCAGAGAAUGCUAAGGGAGCAUUAGCCCAGCAUGUUCAGCUUAUUUACCAAAGACAUUAUUAAUGCGGUAGUGCAAAUUACAUAUUAUCAGUGCAAUCGAGGUGGGGGAAAGGCUCUGAGAGCAUUAGAGAGCCCCGCUUAUUGUUAAACCAUUCCCAAACAAUUUAACAAAAUAAUUGGGGUGCCCACUCCAACAUAAGCACUCCACCAGGCUGUAAUAAUACACUAAGCUGUAGUGGGUCAUGUUGCCUACACUGAUAUAUUAUACAUGGACAUCUGGUCUUGGGAGCACGGUGCAGAUCUGCUAAGUAUGGCCUCAUCUGUUAAAAAUGUGUAAAUAUGUAUAUAUAUUAAAGUAUAUAAUGUUCCAUUUUCUAUGUACAAAUCUGGUUGCUCUGUUGAAUAUUGUUAAU